AUGGACGCAGCACAAUAUCAAUACAGGAAGUCUGUGUUGGCAGGUUUGUUGAUUCUCCUCAAUUCGAAUCGGCAGGUGCUUCAGCUUCCCUUUACACCGUAUCUUCUCACGAGAAGUCUCUCCUUCACCGGCCUCACCACCACUAAGAGAGAUCUUAGCACUUCAGGAGGGAAGGGACAGCGGUCUGUCACACUUGAAGAUGUCAAGGCACUUCCGGCGGGCGUCCCAAUAAUUGUUCCAGGACGGGUCAGAAACAAUCUCGUUGAACCGAUACCAUUUUCUCAGAUUCCUGGUCCAAAAGGAUGGCCAGUAAUAGGAACCCUUUUUGAAUAUUUCAAACCCGGCGGCUUCCGUUUCAACAAAAUGUUCGAGGCUUACGAGGCAAGAGCGAAGGAAUACGGACCCAUCUACAGGGAACAAAUCGGGCCUAUCGUGACGGUUGUCAUCAGCGAUCCGGAGGAGUACAACAAAGUCCUUCGGAACGAAAGCAAGUACCCCCACAGGAUUGAGCUGGAGCCUUUGAAGUAUUACCGGCGGAGUCAUGGAAUGGGCUUGGGAGUAGUCAAUUCACAAGGCUUAGACUGGUACAAACAGCGCACCAUCUUGAGUAAGAAGAUGCUGAGACCGCCAGAAGUGAUCUUGUUCUGUGACCACAUGGACGAGGUGGCCGAUGACUUCUUGAACAGGUUGUCAGCGGUGAGGGCAAAGGAUGGUUCAAUGCCUGACAUGGAGCAUGAGAUAUUCAAAUGGGCUUUCGAAUCAAUCGGUACUUUCCUGUUCGAGGACAGAAUUGGCUGCUACGACACCCCGCCGUCCGAGCUGGCUAACCAGUUUAUCAUCAACCUCCUGGGCUUCUUCAAGCUAAUGCAGCCCCUAAUGUACAACAUGCCGUUCUACAAGAUCUACCCAACAAAGAAAUGGAGGGAAUUCAGCACAUAUUUUGGCAAGCUCAUUGACAUUGGACAGGAACUCGUUGACAAGAAGUAUGACAGGCUAAUCAACAACAAGAACCCGAGUGACGAGCGAACGGGUUUCCUUGAGUAUAUCCUGUCACAGAAAGAACUGACAAGGCGAGAGGCAAACCUCAGCGCUAUAGAAAUGAUGACCGGAGGUGUCGAGACGACCUCCAACUCUGUGCUCUGGACGCUGCUCUGCCUCGCACAGAAUCCACGUGUCCAAGACCGGCUUUAUCGUGAAUCUCAAGCGGUGCUCAAGGGUGGGAGCCACAUCGACAGCAAGAACAUUCAACAAAUGAACUACGUGAAAGCAUGCCUGAAGGAAGCGCUCAGGCUCUAUCCAAUUACAUUUGCCACCAGUCGAAUCUUACACGAAAACCUCGAGGUCGGCGGCUACGACAUCCCGGCUGGGGUCCAGGUACAAGCCAAUCUUUACUGCAUGGGACGUGACCCCGAAAUCUUCCCAAGUCCACUGGAGUAUCGGCCAGAAAGGUGGAUGAAAGAGGGAGCCAAGGACUGCAAGGCACCUGCCUUGUCCAACUUAGUAUGGGGGCACGGGGCCAGGAUGUGUUUAGGUCGGAGACUUGCUGAGCAGGAAAUGUACAUUCUUAUCACAAAGCUGAACCAGAAAUUCCGCCUCGAGUAUCACGGUGAACCUCCGGAGCCAGUUCUCAACACCGUUAUGACUCCAGACAGGCCCCUCAACCUGAAGUUUAUACCACGGCAGUAAUU